GCGCUUGAGGAGGAUGUGUUGCUAGAGUUUCUGCGCCGCUGUGACGAGUCGGCCGGCGCAGGUCAGGCUGCCGUCUUGGCGCUAGGGCGCCGCUUGCUGCAGGAGGGCAUACAAGAUCCCACGGACUUGGGUGCCCUCGCCCGAGGCGGUAUUCUCCCUCUGGCACAUCCCAACUGCAUUCUUGGAGUCUGUGUGGUCAGGGGGUACGCGUUGCUCACCGAGGCGGUCGUCAGGUCCAGGGCGAUCUUGACCCCUUGGGUGCAGCGGCAGGUGUCCAUGGAACGCGUGGGCAGGCAGCGCGUGCCAACGGUGCCGACCACAUUGUUGCCAUCGCGCCCGAAAGCCGCGCCCAAGCGGAUUGCGCGACUGCCUUCCGAACGCCAGGUCAGAGAGGCCGAGAGGCGCGCGGUGAGAGCGGCCAUCGGCGGAGAUUCCCCAAGUCACGCUGUGGCCAGCGCUGGUUCGCUUCAAGCCGAGGAAGACAAGAGGCUGGAGGCCGCGGUUGAUCUGGGCUUGGCUCUCGUCUACUGCCUCGGCGACCGGGCACCGCGACUCUCCCAGCUACACCGGGGCGGUCAGGCCGAAACGCACCUCGACGAGGGCCGCGUCUCGCUCAUGCCUGCGUUGGUGAAGCACGUUUUGGCCGUCUCCUGGGGCUUCAAGGACAUCUCCGAGUGGGCUGCUGGAGCGGCUCCGGCCGCCAUGCCGGCCCAGGCGCCCUGCCUUUCCCUGGAAAUGCUGGGGAAGAUGGGGACAGCAGUCUUCAACGCGCAAUCUUCUCUGCUCCGCGUGUAUGCGGGGUUCUGCGCGCUCUUGGCGCAUGGCUGCCUCCGUUGCGCCGACGCGCAGCACAGCGACAACAUCCACCUGACCGAUGACGCCGUGGUCGAGGUCAGCUGGAAGAUGAAACGCCGGUCUCGGCGAGUCCCUUGGGCAGCCCUUCGCGUCGGUGUUUCUGGGAAGGACUGUGGCGGCCAGUGGCUGGCAGAGUUGGCGCAGGCUGGCCUGCCGGGCCCCGAUUACCUCCUGGGCGCGCUAACGCUGGACUUACGCGGCUUCAAGGGGAGGGUCGCGAAGUAUUCGGACGUGGCGGCGGUCAUGCGUAGCUUGUUGAUCAUGGGCGGCAUGCGCGUCAUGGAGGCCAUCAUUUUUACCCCGCACAGCUGGCUCCACCUGUGCCCGACGCUCGGGAGGCAGCUGCAGCCCCCUGACCAACAGCUCGACGAUGUGGGGCACUGGGCGCCGAAUUCGGGCAUGCCCCGACGCUGCGAUUCAGCGGCUUGCGUCGCCGAGCUGGCGGCGAAGUCCCCCAUCAUGUCGCAGGUCAGCCUGGGCCCCGCGGCGACGACGGCCCCCAGGGGCCCCCCCGCGGAGACGAGCGCGGGCGCCGCGGCAGCGCCCAGCGGCGCAGGCCCCUCGGCCGUCAAGCGCGCAAGGGUGCAGAGCGCGGCCGGGGCCGCCCGCGUCCGUCGCGCGCCGGGCACGGCAGUCUUGGCGCCCCACUCCGGCGUCUUCAACACGGACAGCGGCAAGAACCAUCUGUACCGCGCCGGCGGCCGGACGAGGCGCAAUGCAUGGGCGUGCGGCACGCCCGAGGAGCCGGACGCGAAGGCGGAGCCUGGGCGCAGACGAAAGUCGAAAGCGCGAACUGUUGCGAAGACAGAAUUCUUGGGGAAAGCGACAUUCCCUGCGAAGACGCUAUUCCUUCUGAAGACGCGAUUCUCGGUGAAGACGUUGUCCCUUCUGGAGACGCUAUUCCCGGUGAAGGUGCUAUUCCCAGCGAAGACGCUAUUCCCGGCGAAGACGCAAUUUCCGGUGAUCAAGCGCGAUCCCACGCAGACGCUAUCCCACCCGUGA